AUGUUCAGUAAUGUCAGCACAGAUCGCACUGCCCGAGCGAUAUGUGAUGCUGUUAAACGGUUGCUUAGCAGAUAUGGUGAAUCAGUUAAAGCUAAAUUGAUCAUGCAAACUUAUGAUGGUGCAGCUGUUAUGAGUGGUCAUCUCAAUGGCGUCCAGACCCUCGUUCGUCAAGAUUACGCAUUUGCAUUUUUCUUUCACUGUGCCGCCCACCGCUUAAACCUAGUCUUGUGUCAAUCUGCAUUGAAUAUCAAGGAGGUGAAGCUCUUUUUCUCCAAAAUAUCUGCUUUUUGUACCUUUAGUAAGCCCAGCUCUGAUAGAAAGGCACAUCUAAAUUCCCAUGCAUGGUGUUGAUAUCCCAAAUCCAGGUGAAACUAGGUGGUAUUAUAAGUCCCGUACUGUCUCUGCUAUCUUUAAGAGAUUUGACGCCUUAGAGGGAGCUUUGAUUCAAAUUAAAGAUGCACCUCGACAUGUAAGGAAGAUACAAUUGACCGCGCAGAUGGUCUACUCCAUAGUCUCCUAGAAUCCUUUUCUGCGUUUUAUUAGAUCUUUACAACAAAAUUUGGAAAAGUUCUCAAUCUUAUACAAUGUUCUCCAAAAUUUUGUAGAUUUUCUCAAGAAUGAUCAUUGCAAUGAUACUGUCUUUGAAACCUGCUAUGCAGCUGCUGAGAAUUGAGUUGGUGUCCCAUCCAGAAGAUCAGAGCAAAUUAUUAAUUAUAAGCUGCUUUAUUGUGAAGUGAUUGACACCAAUGUUGGUAUGGUCAAUAAUCGGUUUCAAGAUGAUGACAGCUUCUCAUUUCUUGAUUUGGUGAACUCCAAAAGUUUUAGUAAGUUGCAAAGUGGUGUUCCAGCUGACAAUUUGCAGCUGUUAAGAGAGAAAUAUUGGCCACUCUUUGAUAUUUCUAGUCUCGAAAACCAACUGAUGUUUAUUUACGAAGGUCAAUAUUUUUUAAAGGAUAAUCCAAUGGAACUUUUAUAAUAUAUUUGCCAGAUGAAUAUUCAGGGAUGCAUUACGGAAUUUGUCAAGUUACUGAAAUUAAAUGCAGUCAGUGCGGUAUCGAGUGCAUCAGCUGAAAGAUUCUUUUCAUGUUUGGGUAGAGUAAAGUCCUAUCUUCGCAGCACAAUGAGUGAUGGACGACGUGGCUCAUUAUGCAGGAUAUCUAUCCAUAAGGACAUACUCAAGAAAAAAGAAGAUUAGAAGCAGUCCACAAGUUGGUUUCGGAAAAGUUUAUUGAAAAGCCAAGACGUCUUAAUUUUCAAUUUAGGUAAAUACUACAUCCAAAUUUGAAUAACUAUAGUAAUAACAUAUUUCAAAUAUCUCGUGCAUAAGUUUUGCCUCCAAUAUGUGCACUCUUUAAUGAUCUGCACAUUCUGUCAUGUUUAAAUUUACCUCUGCAACUAUACCAAGCACAUAUUCAAAUACAUCCCCAGUGUGCUCUUUUAUUAUUAGUUUUAAUUUGGACAGCUUUUAUUUCUUAUAUAAGAACUCAGAGUUAGAUCAGGUCGGGUUAGAUUAGGUUUUAGGUGUAGGGUUGGGUGGCAUUUGGAUGGGAAUGCGAGGGUGGGGAGAAAAGGGUGAAGUGAUGUGCAAAGGUGAGCAAUUGCAUAUCCAUGAAAUGUCCCAAAUAGUUCCCCUUUUCUAACCACGCUCCUUUUUAAAAGAUCUGAAAGGCGGGUUACUGGCGGAUUACCAGUUUGCUCAUUUUAGGCCUUUCACAAGGCUGUCCAUGUCGGAUUCGCAGACUUACCAUAAUAUAUGAUAUAUGUGUUCCUAGGGAUGCUGAUGGGCUCUGAUAUAUGGGGCGAAGCAGCAAUUUUUAAAGUGCAUUUGUGCAAAAUCUGCAAAUAACUGAAAUAAGUUAUGUCACAGGACACAGGUACAAUACUUUAUUAGCAUGCCCCUGAAAGCAACAUUUCAAAAUAUACAUUAAAGUAUACUGCUAUAAGGUUGUCGAGGCGAGGUUGCAAUGGCUAGCAAGGGAGGCUGUUCGCAUUGCCACAACCGUUCAUUACUGUGAUUAUUAGUGCAUGCAUUCAUUCUCGUUGGGGUGUGGUUCAUCUCGGUUUCGCCUCGAUGAUUUGGCGAUAAUUCAGCUCCACUCUUUUCUUGGCAUGAAACAGUAUUUUUAAAAUAUAUGUAUUAGUAAAUAUUGUUUUAUCUACCGAAAUGAAAUGGCUAGGAGUAUGAUUACUCCUAGCCAAAUUAUCCAAAACAUAACUAUUUUCAAACAUAUACAUAUCAAUAUAAUUAUAUUGUUUUGUUUUGUUUUGUUUAUUUAAAUAAAUCGGCCAGGAGGAUUGUUACUCCUAUAGCCUGGAAAAUAUUUUCACAUUAUUUUUUGCAUAAAAACAAAAUAGAAAUUAAAGCAAUUUUAAAAUCACUGCCACACAAUAAGUUUAAAGGAGGCGUGAUCACAUUUAUCAACACAAUAAUUUAAUCUAAGUUUUUUCCGCAAUGUUGGCUUUCUAAAAUAGAAUUCAUAAUUUUAGAUCCAUCCAAAUGAGAUUUAUUUUCAAGUACGAUCUCCUCUUUAUCAACAGUGAUUCAAACCACGACAUUCACAACUAUCAUCUGAGCAAAACGCCUUUUCCGCAGGUGCCCGCCGUGUACAAAACCGCUCUAGACCUAGCCUGCAUAGCAGGCGGUCCCUAUAAUCGGGCAAGCCUGGGAAAGACCGCCUGUUGGGUUUGGCAGUGUAAUCGAAUUCCCCGUCCACACGUGGACGGGAAUUGAAGAUUGGCUGCGAGUCUGAGUCGCUGUCACUCAAAAGUGAAUACGCUUUAAUAUGUAACAUACGUUUAGUCAGUGGUAUUGUAAAACCUUCCUUACUCUGACUCUGUGUGUAAAACUGAACGCUUCUCGAAAGUCGAAACGCGAACUGAUUGUCAAACGCGAGCAAGAGAUAGCAGUUAAAGAUUUACUCUUGGAUAGAAUGUUUUGGCCAUUCUACCUACAGGUUAUGGGAAAAGCUUGAUUUUUACAUUGUUCUUGUUGACGCGAGAAAAUAUAACGAGAAUAAAUACAGACGGCCGUAUAGUCUUUCUUGCAACGGGUUUUAUAACGGGACUACUACGCCUAGGCCUAUUAGCCGCUUCACUUUCUGAACUUUUUAUGGCUUUCUUUACCACACGGCUUCGUUCGGGAGACGAGACAGUUUAUAUUGGCAACUGAGGUUUUUAAUAUACAACGGUCUAUUUGUUCGAUAAUCGAUACGUACACAGGCAACGCGUUUAUGUCUCGUUUGAUUGUGGCAAUCAGUUCGCUUGCGUUUCGGAUCUUUCGCCCACACGGUUUACAAACUCGGUCGGAUAGUUCCGACUGGGUAGAACUAACUUCGAUUCCUAAAUGAACUGAACACGUACAAUUCGUGAUCGGCUUAUUGAUCGGCCAAGGUUUUGCCACUGUCGUAAUCGUUUCUUAAUUUUGCUUGCCUUAAAUAUAAAAUUCUCCGACGAUAUAUAAGAUAUUUUCUCUAUUGCCCCGUAUUUUAGUUUCAAAGCACACUUAAUUUAAUACACAAACGACAGUGGUCAUUUACAUUUUCCACGGCUUGCUUUUCUACCUCUUGCCGUUAUUCAGAUGUCCUGAUUGAAAUUUUCAAUGGCGUUUCUUUCGACAUAUUUUAUAUUUCCAAUUUUGCGACCAAACAAUAACAUAGUUUGACAGUUCGAUAAUUAAUCCCCGAGCCGACGGCGCGAAGCGCCGUGCGAGGGUACUAAUUCCGCAAAGCUAUUUACACCCGGAUGUUUGAGAACAUAGCGAAGUGCAAAGUUGUCCUCCAUUAUGUGAUGGACGGUCUUCGACGUUAUGCGCGUGCGCGAGUACAAGCUCGCGCUAAAAAAAUGUUUUUCAUUUUGAAAAGAUGUAUUUCACUCUUUUACAAUAUAUUUUUGCGAGUUUAUUUCACUUUUAACUGGAAGCAAGCCUGCAGUUUCAUGAAUUAGUGGCUGUCAACUGUGAAACAAAGCCGUGUGAAAAGCAUGUAUGAACACGAAUUUUGUCGAAGACGAACCAGAUGUUUUUUUAAAAUUGAAUUUAAUCGUUGUCUUGGCUAUAUGAGUUGGAUAAGUGUUAUAAACAGUAUUAAAAUUCCAUACUAUACUUGCUUUGUGUUUUCGAUUUCAUUAAUUCAUUCAUAUAUCUGCGAAAUUUUUACGCCAUCCUUAACUCAGUAAAUAAUAUGUUUUUAUGCAAGCUGGUGUUUACAUGAAAUUGUAUAAAUAUAGUGAUUAAUGUUGUUUAUUUGGGCCAAUUUAAUAAUACAGCGUAUAUAUAUCGUGUUUUGAUGUGUGUUUAUUUAUUGACAUUGGCGUAAAGUAUAACUUAUACUUAAACCUAUAAUUAAAAAACUAGCUUCUGCCUAUAAAGCAAAUAUAUUUUGCCGUAUUUUCGAGCAAAUUACUGUCGGCAAAGCGACUGGGAAAUUUUACACCUUACCAUACCGGAGUAUAAUCACAGAACACAUACGCCAUCAAAACACGCCGUUAAAAGAACAGAAAAACCGUCAGAACACACGCCAUCAAAUAAUUGCGGCACGGUAAAGUGUAAAGUACCCAACGACUGAGAUUUUCAGUUUCCCCUGCAGUUUCACGACAAAGUUUCAAAACGUUUUUGGCUUAAAAUUUAAAUUAAUGCAAAAUGUAACGGCCGAAAGCCACAUAACAUAAAACUAUCGAUACACUCCAAAAUAUGAAAACCAAUGAUUCUUUCGAUAAAAAAUAUCUCGUAUUAUUUUCACGUUACUAGAAAAUACAUCCAUGCAGCAACUCCUCGCCUUUCUGACAAACCAUUGUAUUUUCCGAACACGAAGUCAGUCCAGUGAACUCAAUCUAUUUACCUGGAACGAUAACAUUCAGUCAUUUGGCACUUAAAAAGUGAAGCCUCGCGUAAGCAACGCGUGAGCAGUGGCGUCAGCCCUCCACGCCAUUUCCACGCCAUAUAGUAAGUCAGUUUCAGUCCCCUUAUACGCCAUUACCGCGCGCGGUCAAUUGCCACGAAAAAAGAACAUCUAAGCCAAACCAUUUAGAAUACUUCCGAAACCUUCGUCGCUCGUUUAAAACGCUCGUAGCACGGAAGCGAAAGAAGUUUUUCCAGUCAUUGCCAGAUCUGAUGAUCUCCAACACGAAGAAGUUUUGGUCGGUGUUUAAGUCCGUUUCACGCACUUCUAAUGUUCCCAGUAAAAUGGUGUGGUCUCAGGGCGAACACAGCGUCACAGCUGAAGAACCUGAUGAUAUUGCCAACCUCUUGAACGAAUAUAUCCACUCCACGUUCAAACCUUCAUUAUCCGAAGAAGAAUAUGAAGAUCAUCCAUCAAUCACCACCAUACCUCUCAGUGAAACGUUGAGUGACAUACACAUCACCCCUGACGAAGUAAAGAAUAUCCUUCUUUCUCUGGACGACAAUAAAGCAACUGGUCCAGACAACAUUCCCGCAAAACUGUUAAGAUGUUCUGCUCCCCAAAUAUGUUCAUCUCUUUGUGAUCUCUUCAAUCUUAGUCUAAAAUGUGGGAAAAUCCCUGCAGCGUGGAAAAUUUCUAACGUGGUACCAAUUCCAAAGAAAGGACUAUUAAAAGUAGUUUCUAAUUACCGUCCAAUUUCCUUACUUUCUAUUGUCUCCAAAGUUUUCGAGCGUUGUGUGUACAAUAGACUGAUAGCUCACGUUUCCAUCAACCUUCAUCAUCUCCAAUUCGGCUUUCUCAGAGGCAAAUCAACAACGGCCCAACUUUUACAAGUACUACAAGAGAUCGGUGAAAAGCUCGACAAGAGAGUCCAAACCGACAUCAUCUACCUUGACUUUGCGAAGGCUUUUGAUAGAGUUGAUCAUCGUUUACUUGUAAGAAAGUUAAAGAAAUUCGGGAUUGGUGGGACUUUGUUGAAAUGGUUUGAAGACUACUUAACCAAUCGUCACCAAAGAGUAACUGUCCUUGGCAAAACUUCACAUUCUCUCCCAGUACUUUCUGGCGUGCCGCAAGGUUCAAUACUUGGUCCUUUACUGUUUGUUAUUUACGUGAACGAUCUUCCGCAGGAAACAUCUACAUCGUCUAUUGCUUUGUAUGCUGAUGAUACUAAAUGCUAUCGUCCAGUUAGAUCACAUAAGGAUGAACAAUAUCUUCAAAAAGACCUUGAUGGUAUUAACAACUGGUGUGAAUUGUGGCGGAUGGAUCUGAAUCAAUCGAAAUGUGAAGUUCUUUCGGUGACCAGAAAUCUGAAGCUAGUGCCGUCGAGCUACCACCUUAA